AUUUUCCUGUUUUUCCUUUCAAAAAUACUGAUGUGUUCUUUUUAAUACAACAAGCUGAAUACAGUCAACGCCAUUGUGAUUGGCUGAGGCAGUAUGUCAUCAAAACGUACCCCAUAAAAGCCACUCUGAUUGGCCCAGGUGCCAACUGCCGGUAAGCAAAAAGAAGAAGAAGAAGACAGGUCGCUCACAAAUGGCCGCUUGGCUCUGUCCACCAUAGACGACCCCUACAAGAACCCACAGCCACCUGAAAUAUCAUCCACUAAAUUGCAGGUUCCACCUCAGAUGUCUGAUCAGAAGAAGAAGAAGAAGAAGAAAAAGAAGGGCAUCCCAGACCGAUGGCUGGACUACUGUCCCGUGGGACGGAGGAUCCCGGGGACUCGAUUCAUCGCCUUCAAGGUUCCUCUGAAGGCGUCUCUGAACAGUGGUCUCCCUGAGUCCGACUUGUUCGGUCUAUGGGAUCUGCUGGACUCUGUGCGGAGUCAGAACCAGGACCUGGGUCUCAUCAUCGACCUCACCUUCACCUCCAGGUACUACGCUCUGACCGACGUCCCGCAGUCCUGCAGCUACGUCAAGAUCCCCACCGAGGGUCACCGGGUUCCCUCUGACGCCACCGUCAUGAGCUUCAAACGGGCGGUGAGGUGGUUCCUGAGGGAGAACCGGGACAACGACCAGCUGAUCGGAGUCCACUGCACCCAUGGCCUGAACCGCACCGGCUACCUGGUCUGCAGGUACCUCAUCGAUGUGGACGGGCUGGAUGCAGCGGUGGCGCUGCAGCUCUUCAACUCCUGUAGAGGUCACCACAUAGAGAGGCAGAACUACCUGGACGACCUGCAGCGAGGCGCCAAGAGGAGCAACGCCGGCAUCAACGAGACUGAGGAGAAGGAGGAGGCUGUUAGAGGGCUCGCUGUGGAGAGACCGCCAUUGGCCGCCAAGGAACGGAGACAAGACGACCCGGCUGCGGAGAACCAACCAGCUGGUAACCGCCGCCACCGCUGUCACUCCCCUCCAUCACCUGGGCCCGGCCCCCCUCGAUAUAGGGAACAAACUGAGUCUGAGGCCCCGCCCCCCAGGAUAUAAGGAACAAACUGAGUCUAAGGCCCCGCCCCCCUCAAUACAGGGAACAAUCUGAGACUGAGGCUCCGCCCCCCUCCCUGGACACACAUUUUCUUUCUGUUACACCUGUGCAUGAGGUGAUGUCAGCUGGGCGUCAGUUUUCAGACUUGUGGUCGCCGUGACGUAGCGUCAUCUUCAACCUUUUAUCAGGACUUUUAUGUUCAGGUUUGCUUUUUUAUUUUUGAAACUUUUUUCAGUCAAAAAUAAAAACUUUUAUUUCCUUUUUUUCCUUUUUCCUUUUUUUAACAUCACAAAAAUGAAUAAAAAUCAACAAUCCGUCGUCUGUUUCUGUUGUUAAUAACAAUCAUGACUGUUUGUCAAUAAAGUUUUAUUAGAAACCAAAAAACAUCUUAACUAAUAAAGUUACAGUGACGACAGGAAAUGACACAGACAGUUCCUUCCUGUUUCCUGUAAAAAAAUAAAAAAAAAAGUCUUAAAAUUUUGCA